GCCCUACUUUGCAGUACCUCGAGAAUCCAGAAGACGCAUCUGCGCGCGCGUACGUGGAGCGCGAGCGCGGUGAGUCAGUCGCUGAGGCGGGAUCCGCGGCUGGAUUAGUCGGUGAGGCUUCACUAGCGGGCGGCAUGAAACGGAAUGCGGGCAACGAUUAAAACCGGUCAGACAGUGAGAGAGAGCCAGACUCGCGUUCGCGCCUACAUCUGUUUGUCUUCGGGUUUCCUGUGAAGCGGUAAAGAUUGACGCGUUAAGAAGGUUGUUCGGAGGCAGCGCGCUCCCUGGAAGCACCAUGGCCAGGGGGAGCGAGGAAUCUGUCAAUGGAUCCUGGAAAAAACAGGUGGAUGACAUCAGGAAGAUCUUCGAGUUUAAAGAAAUCCUCGGGACCGGGGCGUUUUCAGAGGUGGUCCUGGCCCAGGAGAAGGCCACGGGAGACAUGUACGCCGUCAAAUGCAUCCCCAAAAAAGCACUAAGAGGAAAAGAAAGCGGAAUAGAAAACGAGAUUGCAGUGCUGAGGAAGAUCAAGCAUGAGAACAUCGUGGCCCUGGAAGACAUUUACGAGAGCCCCAGUCAUUUAUAUCUAAUUAUGCAACUAGUGUCAGGCGGCGAGCUGUUUGAUCGCAUCGUGGAGAGGGGCUUUUACACGGAGCAGGACGCCAGUGCGUUAAUCAAACAAGUUCUAGAUGCUGUAAAUUACCUGCACUCGCUCGGGAUUGUCCACCGAGACCUGAAGCCGGAGAAUCUGCUGUAUUUCAACCCACAUGAGGAGUCCAAGAUUAUGAUAAGUGAUUUUGGCCUGUCCAAGAUGGAGGGUGCAGCCAACGACAUCAUGUCAACAGCCUGCGGGACGCCGGGAUAUGUGGCUCCAGAAGUACUAGCACAAAAGCCUUACAGCAAAGCUGUGGACUGCUGGUCCAUUGGAGUUAUUGCUUACAUCUUGUUAUGUGGAUACCCUCCGUUUUACGAUGAGAAUGACUCGAAACUGUUUGAGCAAAUACUGAAGGCAGAAUAUGAGUUUGAUUCGCCGUACUGGGAUGAUAUUUCUGAUUCAGCGAAAGACUUCAUUAAUAACCUGAUGCAGAAAGAUCCAGAAAAGAGGUUCACGUGUGAUGAGGCUCUUCGGCAUCCGUGGAUAGCCGGUGAUACUGCUCUCUGCAAGAACAUCCACGAAUCCGUCAGCCGACAGAUGAAGAAAAACUUUGCCAAAGCAAAAUGGCGACAAGCCUUUAACGCGACCGCAGUGAUCCGACACAUGAGGCGUCUUCAGCUCGGCAGCAGUAUGGAUUCCUCUCAGCACAGAAAGCAGAAUCCGACAUCCAUGCCUGGGAAGAGUCAGUCGGUGGACGUUUCCUCGGUUCAUCGUAAUGACUCCCUUGAAGAGGGUGUUAUCUUUGUCUAGGUUCGCCGAAACAAACGCCAAACUCUUCCACGCGGACGGGAAAGCCAGAACGACAAACUCGGCCAUCAACCGUCACCACCAUCAUCACCGGCUCCAAAUGACAUCACUUCCUGUGAGACUGCUCACCUGAUUGAUGCACUUUGUGAGGGGAAAAAAUGCAUUUUCUGAUAUGUAACGAUAACUUCCAUUGUCCGCAGUCACCCGUUCAACCUUGUUUUCCUUUCUGGAAAGCCAACGGGACGCUAAAUGGCUUCCAAUAUGGUGGCCUGCACAUUUAAGGGGACGGUUUUACAGAGCAAAGCUCAUGAUUUGGGCAGUUUUAUGUGGCUUUUAAAUGGAGAUUGCAAAAAAAAAUAUUAAAAAUUUGUGUAGAUAA